ACAUAAGUUGACUUGUAACUGGCAAUAGGCAAACAGUUUCAGUCAGCAGUUAACCAGAAGCUUCCUUCUUCGCACGCGACGACACCAUUUGUUUAGGGUCAAAUAUUUGCUUCGACGAGCAAACAGAAGACUUGGACAACGAACUCGCAGUGUAGAAAAGUGAAAAUCUUCUAAAUUAUAUAGCACAGGCCGUUAGUCGAGUGGCUGAGUUUGUUUGUUUGUUUGUUGAUGCUUUGGUUUGUAUGCGCGUACAUAUGUGUAGCAGCCGAAACAAGUUCGUUGCCUAAGUCUUUUGUUCCGAACCGUAUCGAACUGGACGACGCAUCUCAUCGCAUUUCAUCUCGGAAUUCUCAUUUCAGCACCAACCUAGCAUGACACCGCUCAAUUGGGCCGCUGCUUAACGCUUUCAUUCAACCCACAAGAGGUCCGGACUCGAAACCCAUUCGAACAUAAACCAAGAACUAGAACACAUCGCAUCACAUCGUAUCGCAUCGCACCACUGGCCUCCUCCUUUGAAAAAGGGGAACCAAGGCCACCCUAUCGCUAGCCAGCAUAAUUUCUCUCGAAUAACCGCAUUCACACAUUUGCUCCACCACAACCGCAACAACCGAAUAACACGAAUAAUGAAUUAUCAGAAGACCAGUGAAAAGCAGUCGCCGUCCUCAUUGAAGAAGCGGCCGCCGGGCAACGGCAAUAGCAUACAAAACUUUUGGAACGAUCGCAUCAUGGAGCGCUUCAUAAAGGCGAAUCUAUUCAUUAUCUGCUGCGUGGUGGCGGUUCUAUUGCUGAUCGUCUAUCUGGGUGCCUUCUCGUGUGAGGUCUCGUGGAUACUGGAGGCCCACGGCGAGCUGCCCUUCGCCGCCUACACACUCUGCUCGCUCUACUUCUUCAUGUUCGUGGCCACCACGAUCCUCAUCCACGGCCUGGUCAGCGGACUCUGCUGGCCUUUGUUCGCCUGGUCGGGCAUCAUCGGUCUUCUCUCGAUUCCCGAGCUGGUCUUUGUCAUGAUCAUGACCACACAGCACUGGGGACUGCAAUCUGUGCAUGGAUUGACGGAGCUCACCUCCUAUCUGAUUCGCCUCAUCAUCAACUGCUUCGCGCUGAUCUGUGUGAUUCCCACGGGCAUCAGGUGGCGACGGGAGACUCAGGUGUUGAGUCAGCUGCAAGGAUUGGCAACCAGACUUUCCCUGCAGACACCAGCGCCCAGCGUGCCCAUGACCAAGGCGGACUCCCGGCGAUCCAGCCAGCGGCUGAGUGGAUUCGAGAAUGCCGGCUACCAGCUGUGCGAUGAAACAGCUUCCAAGUUGCCACUGGGACCAGGAAUGGGACUGGGCAUGAACAACCAGUGUGGAGGCAGUCAAGCAUUUGGCUCGCAGAACGAAUUCAACGCCAGCAUGUUUGCACCCGCAUUGGCGCAGCAGUUCAACAAUGCCACGCUGAUGCAGCGCGGCGGAACCGGCGGAGCAGGUGGUGGUCAUCGCGCCCAGUCGCUGAUGGAUCUACGCUGCACUCUGCCCGGCAUGUACAAUCCACGACAUGUGCUCGAUACGGAGGACAAAAACGCCAAGUAUUUCAACAUCACCAUCGACGAUUUGAAGAACAAUCUGCACGACUCGCACCGACCAUCGCCGCCUUCGCUGAUCGGUUCCACCAGCAACGAUCCCAUCUAUUGCUCCAUUGAGCCCAAGCAGUUGACACCGCCGCCGGCACAGCAGAGGAGCCACCAUCGUCCACGCGGCACACACAAGCAACCACCACCGGGUAAACUGUCCCGGAAUUGCGUCUCUCUGGAAAACCUCGACGGGAUCAGCAAGGUGCAGAACGAUCUGACCGCCUACGGCAACAAUCUUCUCCAGAACUACACGCAGCAACAGCAGUACUACCUGGCCAUGCUGCUGCACCAGCAACAGCAGCAGCAGCUGCACCACCAGCAGGCAGGCGGCAUUUACCGCAGGCCAUCCAAUUGCAGCUCCACCGGUGGAUUCGCCGGCACCGUGCUGGCCCAGCCGAUGCAGCGCCGCGGCUCCACGCACAGCCAGCAGAUGCAGUAUUACGGGGGCUUCGGCUAUGCCAACUACGCCAAUCCGUACAUCACGGCCAACAGCAAGUUGUCGCUGGGCAACGAGUCCGACGACUACCGGAAGUACCGCGAUGUGGCUCUUUGAGUCCGUUUUUGGUUCCGGAAUCCGGAUCCCAAUCGAUCAUCAGUCAACGUUUAGGCUUAACUCACUAGUUGUAGGACAUGCUCGAUCUAGAAUGAGAUUCCUCGGAAUAACGACCAAAGAGCCACAAACAAACUCAGUUUCAGUUCGUAGACUAACGUUACACUGCGAGAAUCGUAUAGCGCGUUUAUGCGCAAGUCAAUUUGUAGCUAAAAUGGGUCUGCAUACAGUUGUUAUUUGCUUUACUGAAUAACACGACCUAUUUGCAAAUCAAAGUGUACUAAAUAAGAGACUUAAUGGGGAUAUAAUUUUAUAUGCAAAUAUGAGCAUAGUAAUAGUAAAUAUCACGAAAUAUCAGACAUACUCACAAAUAUAAAUAGAUAUUUCUAAAACAAACAAAUACCGAAAAGCAUAGACCCAUUAAGAGAGGCACUGCAUGAAAAUUCCCCAAGUCUAGUUCUAAGAAUCGACCACAAAUGAACAUUGACAUUCAUUGUUUAUUAUAGUUAAUAGGAAUACACGGAUAACAAUACUCUGAUCGACAGUCUAACCAUCCACAGAUCAAAAACUGUACAUAAUUGUAAUAAAAGGCGUAGCUGUUUUUUCACUUGAAA